CCCAAUCACCCAUUCCUUGUUCGAUUGGUCAGCGGUUCAAAACAGCGACUCUCCAUCUACAGACGCGAAACUCGCGAAAUUUCAUUUACAGACGAACUUGUUUGUUAAUGGGAACUGUUUUUAGUUGUAGAUAGCUCUCGCUAUUGCCUGAGCAAGGCAAAUGUCAAAGUUCCAAGAGCUUAAGAGGGAGCUUAGUAUCCUGGAAAAAACCUUUGGCCCACGGCACGAGCAUUUCCGCGUUGAAGCCAACGGCUUGGACGAAGUGACGUGCCGAUUCCUCGCAACAAAUGGCGAACAUGUAGUCCACUGCAAUAUCUUUGAAUCCUAUCCUAACCCACCUCCGAUGUGGUUUGCUGAAAGCGAAGAUGCGAAAAUCGCGCAGAUACUCGAAUUCUUAAGUAGUAUUGAGCCUUCAGCACCCAAUUUGCUUCUUCGAUCAACAAAAUACUUGGCGAAGGAGUUGUAUAAAUGGCAAGACCUUCCUGUACCAUCGCACAUAGACAACCUUGAUCUUGUACAGCUCAUACACGAAGAUGUUGAGGUAAAGGAGUCAACAACAUCCCAAGAAGAUGAGGAAAGUGAGGAUGAAGGUUUAGAAGAGGGUCAUGAUGAUAGUGAGGAUUCUGAUAAUUAUGAAAUGGAAGAAGAUACAGAACAAGACUCUAACAAAGAGUUGCAGGAAAUUGGUGCAGCAAAUUAUGCAGUAUUGGAAAGGAUACGAGUGAAUAGAAGGGAGGACCACCUUAAGGGGACAGUGAGUGGAUCUAUCCAAGCUACUGACAGAUUAAUGAAAGAACUUCGAGAUGUUUAUAGAUCUGAGAGUUUCAAGACAGGAACAUAUUCUGUGUGCCUCAAUGAUGACAACUUAUAUGACUGGACAAUAAAAAUUAUAAGAGUUGACCCAGACAGUACAUUACACAAAGAUCUAAUGCAGCUUAGAGGGCAAGAGGGUACAGAUCAUGUGUUGCUAAACAUGACUUUUACAGACAAGUUUCCAUUUGAUCCCCCAUUUGUCAGAGUCAUUUAUCCAGUAUUAACAGCAGGUUAUGUACUCAGUGGGGGAGCCCUUUGCAUGGAACUGCUCACACCCCAGGGUUGGAGUAGUGCAUACACUGUUGAGGCUGUUAUAAUGCAAAUUGCUGCUACAUUAGUGAAAGGAAAAGCAAGAAUAAACUUCCAAGAAAACAAAAAGCCAGGGGUCUACAGUCUAGUUCGAGCUCAACAGUCUUUCAGGUCUUUGGUCCAGAUCCAUGAGAAAAAUGGUUGGUACACUCCACCUAAACAUGAAGGAUGAAAGGCUUCAAUGUUUGUGAUUUAUCUUAUAGAAUACAUGAUGUCUUUUGAUGUCUGUCUACACACCAUAUUUUUAUGAAACCUCAGCCAAAUUAUAAUUAAUAUGUACAGUAGAAGUAAAGCGUUAUCAAAAUGGUA